AGCCUGGAUCAGGACACACCAGGGUGAACAAAUUGUAACAGAAAACAGGAGCAUGGCGGGGAUGUGCUGAUAGCCUGGUAGCAAGCUCACCUGUUUGUGUUGUUGGUGGUGAUGGAGAAUAUCGAGCAGUCUUCGCCCCUCCGGAUCACCCCUACAGUCCGGGCGCUGAGCUCAGCACUGCGGGGGAAACGUGAAAAUGUCCCCGAUUCCAGCCAGGGAAGCGGCGACAGGAUCUUCCCUGACCCGGAGAAGCUUUGGUUUAAGGAGAGCAGCGCUAAAAACCUCCGAAACAGGGACUUCUUGUCGCCGACCACGAUGCUUCACACGCUGUACGCGGACGGGCAGGUCCCUCCAGCAGUGAUGUCCAGGGUCUUGUCCCUCCGUGGUAGUGGGGUUCUCCCUGUGGCUGGUGGGGAGGUGAUGGGUGAAGGGCUGAGGGUGAGGGUGGACCGGGCCGCAGCCUUCAGGGCCGUCCUGGCGGGUGGAGCCACAGAGUACUUGACACCAUCAGGUCAGAGGCAGGGCUGUGUGGUGCUCAACUGUCCUGCCUUGCACCCUAAACCCAACACACCCACUCCUGACACACUGACUCUGGGCCAGCUGAGGACUGUUCUGUUGGCUGACCACAUGGGGGCACUGCUGAGAAAACAGGGAUUUUCAGUGUCAUAUUGCCCCACGCUUCCCGAAGACAGCGACAUCAUCACCUUCCUCCGAACUCUGGGCCUCGAUUGGCCGACAUCCCCGGCCAACUGGACUAAUGAGCAGCGUGAAGAGAAGAUCCAGGAAGCGCUGGAGAACUCCCCGUACAGAGAGAGGGAAAAUGAGAGAGGCAGGAGGACCAGCGGAGGAGGAGGAGGGAGGAAGGCAGAGGACGGGGAGAAUGAGGGAGCGCUCAGGAUCAACCUGAAACGAGUUUUCCAGGAGGAGGGGCUGCUGGGAUAUGACCCCAGUCUUGGCACCUGCACAGUGCACAGAGACAGUGUUUCCCACCUGGCCCAACUGGACGCAGCCACAGCCGACUGCACAGUAGCCAUGGCAACAGCGUUACAUGUAACUUCUUGUCAGGAUGAAUUCCGCCAGCAGCAGAUUGCGAUGCUGUGGAGAGCCAGCGGAGCGACACAUACGCAGAGACAUUUGGUGUGUGGACCUGUGAAGACUCCUGGUUCUCACCUCACUGCUGCACAGUACUUGCAGCUGAGAAGAGGUCAAAUGAAGGAGGCCUCAGAGAUGAAGUAUGGAGAUCAAGUAGAAGGUCAGACGUGGGAUGACAUCAUCAGGGUCAUGACCUCUGCCACCGUCAGAUUUGAGCUGCUGUCAACAGUCCACACCAGUCCUGUGACACUGGACGUCCAGAGGGAAGGAAGUGUGUCCACCAAAGGCCCGAGAGGAGGAGUGUUUGUGAUGUAUAACUGUGCCAGACUGCACACUUUGUUCGACAGCUACGAGAGAGGAGUGGGGAAGGGUCUGUACCCAGAGAUCCCUGAUGGCUCUGAGUUAGACUUCUCUGCUCUCAAAGAAGAGGGCGAGUGGCUUCUCCUGUUCAAUUACCUCAUACCGUUCUCCGAGCUGCUGGACCAAUCAGGACAGGCGUUAGACUGUGAAGGGGGAGGAGCCAGAGUCAAUAUUAAAACUGAACAGAUCUGUAAAUUUCUGGUGUCUCUCAGUAAAGACUUCAGCUCGUACUACAACAGAGUCCAUGUGCUCGGGGAGCCGUUGCCUCAUCUCUUCAACCAGAUGUUUUGUCGCCUGUAUCUGUUGAGAGCGUUGAGAGAGCUCUACCACAGCGCUCUGGACACCCUGAACCUUCCCCCCAUUAGGCAGCUAUAGCCUUAACAUACGUCGCUCAUCCUGUAAUCACUGUUAGUCCUACCUCCCCGCCCGCCACACACACACACUCACCUAUAUUUCGCAUUUGUAGCCUCAUCGCAUACACACUUCAUUAAGCGUUAAUGAAAAAUGUAUCCAAAUAAGACACAUUCUCACCUUUUUCAUCUUUUUUUGGCAACGUUACAAUCUACAGUCUCUGUCUGUUACAGUCAGUUAUAAGAGACUGUUCAACCCGCCCACGAUGUAGCUCCUACAGCUCAUCGUCAACGAUUCCUGCGGCUGGACUUACCGUAACUGUUUGAAUAUUUGAAGGAUGUCAUUAUGACCCAUAAAUCAUGAAAUGUGGAGUCAGUAAAGUCUGCGCUUUUUAUCUAAAAUGUUUGAGUGAUUAUGUGUGAGGUCAGCGUGAUCUGGAUGGAGUGAUUUUCCUGGAAAAUUUGAUCUGUUUGCAUGUUGUGCUUCACUUUGGAUUAGUUGCUCUGUGGA